AUGAGAGGAAUGGGGAGCGGCGGUGCUACAGGCGGAGGGCUCCGGCACCACAGUGGCGGCAUCCUACGGACGGCUUCGCGACAUCCCCGUCGCUGCGCCAGGUUGCAGGCUCUGUCGAGGUCACCGCCCUACUCCAGCGAGUUCGCUGUUCUCGGUCUGAGUCCAUUUGCAUCCGCCAGCGACGUCAAGCGCGCCUACAAGAGAUUAGCUCUCAAGGUAAUAGGAUCCAGAGAUGAAAACGAAGAAACUCGAUGGAGCGGGUGGCUAAAAGGCCGAUCAUCUGUGGAUUUAGGACGUUUUUGUGAUUUCUGAACGGUGAGUCGAUAGAGCACAGAAUAAUUUAGGCUUUCUCUUGACUGAUUUUGCCUAGUAUCAUCCGGACGUGAUCCGUGGAGAGACGGGGCACGAGAAGGAGGAGACCUUCAAGGAGAUCAAAUCUGCAUACGAGGUAAGCACCUCAUAUCUCCUCUCUGUUCGUACACCGAUUCGCGAAGGAGGACACUGUGAACAGCAGACGGUGGUCUUGGUAUGUUCGGACUCCAGACUAUCUUCUGGAUUUGUGCUUUCCACGUCUCAUACAAGCAGGAACAAACCUAAUCCGUUCAUCUGCUUCGAUAUUGCCGUUAAUAAACCUGUUUUAAAAUGGAAAAAAGACGCUUCAAUCAUUCAUGAAUUCCAUCUCCGUCAUACCUUCGGAUAUCCCGUGGAUUUCCAUGUUGGCACGGCAACACAUUGGGACGUGGCCGUCACGUUGCGUUACGCUCCACUUUCAGAGAAACGGGGAAAUCACCGGUUCAAUCUGAGAUUCUGACCUCUCCCAUGUGUAGCGGCCCGUCAGUUUCUGUGAUCCACAGGAUAUCUGGUGAUUGACACUUUUAGCCCUCCCAUGUCAUUUUCCCCUCACAUGAUCAUUCAUCAAAUGUAGCUGAUGUUUUGUCCUCACAACGAAAAGGAUACGAUCCAUAAAAAUGAGACAAUUAUUUAUGAACUAGAAUAUUAGAUCGCGUGAUUUGCAUCUGAUUUUCGUUGACUUUCGUCUCGUUUUCAUCUCACGCAUGCACACAGAGUCUCAUGGCGAAGCUCGAGGGAGAGUCCGCGCAGCCAAGUGGUGGCCAUGGAGAUCAUGAUGAAUGGGACGAGUGGGAUGAAUGGAUGGGCUUCGAAGGAGGAACCCCUAUCUUCUUUACGCCUUCCUAG